GCUGUGCUGUGUCGGUGCAGACAGCAGAGCGGAGUUCGUCCGAGCUGCACCUGGAAUGAGGCGACCAGCACGUGAAAAACUACCUAGAAAAAUAUCAACCUCAACCAUGCCCGCUGCUCCUAUACUCGUAUUUAUCUUGUGGUGCCUCCAAACCAGCGCUGUGGGAGCAGAGCUGGCCGCACCACAGAGGGUGACCAUGGUGACCUUAAACACCAAUUACACACUGAGCUGGGACUGGGACCAGAGCGCCGCAGAGAGUCACAAUGUGACCUUCACCGCACAAUAUGUCUCGAAGUACAAGCUGAAGUCAAAGAGGGGCCCGAACUGGUACAUGGCGUGCGAGGAGACCUCAUACAGGUCAUGUGACUUUACAAAGUUCAGCCUACACUACCUGGGCAUCUACAUGCUCCGCGUGCGAGCCAACUUGAACGGGAAUCACUCCGACUGGGUGCAGAAGGAAUUCUGCCCCGAUAAAGAUGCUGCUGUGGGUCCUCCAAGCAAAGUGGAUCUUCGUCCCGCUGGAAGUGUCCUGGACGUCUUCAUCACCGACCCUGUGACCAGCACCAACAGCUCCAUGAGGGAACAACUUUCCAAUCUGUACUACCAGAUCGUCUACUGGGAAGGCUCGACACACACACAGGCCUCGGGAGCCCAGAUGCUGAGCAGCAGUGCCAACCUGGUGACUCUGCCAAACAUGAAGGCCUGGACGUGGUACUGCGUGAGAGUCCAGUCUCGCUGUGACUUCUACAACAAGAGCAGCAGCUUCACCCCACCCCAGUGCAUGCAGACCGAAGGUGCUACUCCGUGGUGGCUGAUCUUUUUGUACUUCUUGGGCUCUCUGGUGGUCUGCUUCACCAUCGUGCUGCUCGCGCUCUUCUUCUCCUAUCGGAUCUACAAGACCGUCAAGGCGACAUUUUACCCCUCCAACCAGCUGCCUCUACACUUCAAGGAGUAUCUCUGUGACUCUCCUGCGUCUGACAUUCCUCACCUCCUCACUCCGGAUUCAGAAUCAGAGCUCUUGUGUAAUAAGGUGACCAUCUGUCCAGUGCCGGUCCUGGAAGUCCACAACCCUCCCCCCGAGGCCCUGCCGGCGCCCCCGUCAGGCCUGGAGCCAGACAGCAGUGGCAGGCACAGCCGUCAGGACAGCAGCGGCAGCGGAGACUCAGGAGUUUACUCCACAGGGGGCAGCUCUGGUCCACGGCAGCCCAACAGCAGUCAGUCCUCCGCGGGGCCCGAGGCCCCCUGGCAGAGCACCCUCGACUCGGAGCAGGUGAAGAUGCGGGACAUGGUUCCGAGCCUCAAGACUCAACCUCUGAUCCCGGACGAGGGCAUUGUAGACAUGUGCGUCUGAAGGCUGCGCAUUUGUUGAGAAGAGCAUGAAGAGAGGAUGAUGCUGAGGAAGAUGGAGGUUUGUUGAAAAUGUGCAGCGUGCCUUUUCUCCGGCUGUCACUGUGAAACGAGGAGAGGAAGAUGUUGGAACAACGACUAAAAAAGAAGAGAUGGUGAGUGACGGGUUCACGCAUGGCACUGAUGUGCUGUGGUGUGACAAACGCUUCACUUUCUAUUUUUACACAUGCGGAUCCUCAUGUGUCAACGCGUUGGCACCAGCCAGGAAAUGCUGUCAGCACUGAUUUAAAUAUGUUGUAUGUUCCCUUCACCUCGUCUCCAGUGCUGUGAUUGGCUGACAGGCCACUCUCAAUCCUACUGAAUGUGCCUGAGAGGAUUAGAGUGCGUCUGUGCAGCGGUCUUCAUUAAUAACGCCUUCACAGAUCUGUUUUACUGUCAUGUUGCUUUAAUAAGUUAACAUAAGUAGCUUACAGGUGCUAAUUAGGUUAUGUUAAAUGAAUAUAAGCAGAUGAAGUCAAAUAAAAUGACUUUGAGAGUGUGAGAUCAGCUCAGCAGUGGAGAUACUGUUUUCAAAGCACUGUUGUAGUUGUUUGUCUUGUUUGUUGUAACAAAAAUCAACUGGUAGAAGAUAACAAGAUGCAGGAGGUGCUUUUACAACCCUGAUUCAGGAAGAGUUGGGACGCUGUGAAACAGAAUGCAGUUAUUAACUCUUUACUGAUUGCAGUUUGACGACGUGUUCCUGAGUCCAGGUAUUUAUCUCCUUUAUCCAAUCACAUGUUCACAGAGUGUUGACCCUCGCUCCAUCCUCACUGUGAACCACUGAGCCUUUCAAUCAUGAUACUAUCACCUGUUACCAA